AUUCAAUUCACCACCCACCACGCUGUCUUUCAUCCAUGCGCGGCGCCUAAACUGCCUACUACCUGGUACUAGCACCUUCUUUCCUGCUUACGUGGUAUCGCUGGAAUUCCUACAGACCUGGCAAGGCGACACACUUAUCAAACACAUUCACCGUGGCGUCGUUCAACAACUUGAUUGACGACUUCAAAAAGUCCUUUGACUUCUUCAAAAACCACCCCUUCCUGAGCACCACAUCCCCUCUACCCUCCACCUCCGAUACAACACAAGACACCCUCUCCCAGAUCUACGCUCGAUUCCACCAGGCACUGCAGGAGAGCGGCGUCUCUGACCUCACUGACUUUAUCACCAACCCCCGCUUCAACGACCCCGUCUACCUCACCACCACUACCAUCGUCCUCGUAGCAGUAUUCUUAACCAUGUCGUGGUUUGGUCGCGGCAGUGGGUGGACGGGCCGCUUCUCUCCAUUUGGCAGACCCAGCAACUCAUCCAACGAGGUCUCUGACUCCGACUUCUCAUAUAUCACCUCCGAAGACCUCGCCGCACACAACAGCAAGGGCCGAAAUAGGUCUUCUUCGCGGGCUGCCGCUCCGGAGAUCGUGGACUGGGAUGACAAGAACCCAGACCGGGAUACUGACGUGCUGGUCUUUAAGAAUGGCAGGCUACAUUUCCCAACCCACUUCCCGGCGCAGAGCAUACAGGAUGGAGACUUGAAGAUCAGCACGGUGCGGCAGGCAGCAGCCAAGAAGAUCGGCGUCAACGACCCACGACGGAUACGUAUGUUCUUCAAGGGCAGGAAUCUGAAGCAUGACGAGCGCACAGCUCGAGAAGAGGGUCUGAGGGGUGAUGGCAGCGGCAGUGAGAUUCUUUGCGUGGUUGGCGAAGCCCAAACCGGCACUAUGGCGCCCGGAUCCGAGGAAACCGGUAUACCUAGCGCCACACAGCGAGCCUGGAGUGACAAUGAAGAUGAGGACAACGACACCGAGGGUGGCACUGACUCGGGCUCGGGCACAGCUCUGAGGAAGAAGCCUCGAAAGCGAGGAGGUAAAAAGUCUAAGAAGGGUAAGAAGGGGACUGAUGGUACCACUACCGGCUCCUCUACGCCAGGAUACUCCACCGCCGGUGCUGGCGCAGAGUUCCUCCCUAUUCCCUCACAUCUUGGAGGCCCACGACCUACCUCCGCCCCUCCAUUCAACACACCACGCGUCGCUACUCCACAGUCGCCAAUCGGAAAGCUCGACGCCAUCGCCUCCAAGUUCCACACUGAAAUUGUCCCUCUCUGCAUACAAUUCAUGAACAACCCACCCGAAGAUGCUUCAAAGCGGAGCUUCGAAUACAAGAAAUUAUCAGAGACGAUCCUGACGCAAAUCUUGAUGAAGUUUGACGGCGUUGAGACAGAGGGAGAUCCGGAUGCGAGGAUGAGGCGGAAAGAGUUGGUCAAGGAGGUCCAGGCGAUGCUGAAUCGGCUCGAUGAGACUGUCAAAUGAGCACCUCUCGUGGAUAGCAGAUGAGCUUUAAUAGCGGAUUCACGUUAACGGUGUCGCCUUCAAGCCUGCACAAUUGUGACUCUUUUGCACCUCGGUGUAAAUAUACAGGCGAGGAGUUGGAUCGCAUCGCAGCCAUUUGUGGCAUGUAGGUUUCAUUUUCCUGUUAUUGUAGACUUCCAGGAUAUUGCGUCACCCUAUGAUGCAGAAUGAAAUACGGUCGAAACUAAA